AUGAGAUCAACAUAAUUAACAUAAUGCAUACAAAAAGAAGAAGAGGAUCAAUUUGUUUAUGAAUUUGAUAACCUAUCUGAACCUUAAUAAAAUUUAUAGACUCCUGAUUUUUAAGCUACAAAACAAAAUGAGGCUAAUUAGUAAGUCUCAUACUCAGCUUAAAUUUAGUAAACAGAUCAAUAUGGAUUCAAAUCAUAAAUAAAUUUAAUACAUCAUAAAGAUAGAAAAACACUUAAUGCAAGAGUAGAAAAAUGGAGAUAAAUGAUAAAUGAGUUUGAUAAAUAAAAUGCAUAAUUAAUCAAAGAAAGAACUCGAAAAGUAUUUCCUAAUUUUAUUUUAGGGAAUACCUGAUGGAUUAAGAAUUCUAGCUUGGCCACUUCUAGCUGAUAUCAAAAAGGCAAAAGAAAAAUCAAAUACCAUUUAAAAGAUGUCAAAAUAUUCUGAUUUUUUAACAAAAAAUGAAUUUAAAUUCGAGCAUUAGAUAAGAUUAGAUGUUCAUCGUACAUUCCCAGAUAAUAUUAAUUUUUAAGUACUUAUCCUUUAUAUUUAGGAUUAAACAGUACUUUCUGAAUCUCUAGUCAAUGUAUUAAAAGCAUUAUCAGAAGCUAUUCCAGACAUGGGAUAUUGUUAAGGAUUAAAUUUCUUAACUGCAGCUCUUAUUAUGGUGACAAAUGAUGAAAAUGUAAGAAUCCUUAAUAAUUUUUAGGCUUUCUGGAUUCUAUAUCGAUUAAUGACACAUUACAAUUUAACAGCUAAAUACAAAGAUCCCAAUUCUCUUUAUAGAGAAUUUUAUAUUCUUGAUAAUUUGAUAUAAUAAUAUCAUCCUUAUACUUCAAAAAUACUAAAACGUCAUAAUAUUGAUUUGUUCUAUUUUACAACUGAAUGGUUAUACAUAUUUCAUUAAUAUUAGGUUUAUUACAUUAUUUUCAACUGCUCUACCAAUUAAUCUAUUUUAUAGAGUUUUUGAAAUAUUCUUAGUUGAAGGUGAAAAAACUAUUUUUAGAUGUGCUUUAGCAAUAAUUCAUUUCAAAGAAUAAAAAUUAACAUAAUUAAAUGAUUUUGAAAAUGGUCUUUAAUAUCUUAGGUCUAAUGAAGAUUUAUUUCAUUUAGAUUCUAAUUAAUUCAUUAAUCUAAUGCUAACCAAAUACAAAUUCUCCAAAAAUAUCAUUCAAUAAUUAGAUUAGAAAUAUAAAAAAAAUUAAAAGUGA